GCGGUGCAGCGCUCAGACAGUAGGACGACGACGCGACCGCGGGACGCAACCGGAGCAGCGGGCUCGUGGCAUGUAGCUCGCGACUGUCUCGCCGGCGCGCCGCCCGCGCCGCCCAGUGAUCGCCCAGUGCGCCGAGCCCGCCAGCUCGUCGGAUGGAACCCAGAGUGCGCCCAUUCGCAUCAAGGUCAGAGUCUGUGAGUGCUAGUGCAAGGAGCCCCCAAGUGUGCAAUGAUGCGUCGGUAAAAAUCUAAUUUUGAGCCUGCGUUUUGCGUGUGUCCGGAAAGCGUUCGGCGGGAGCUAGCUCAGACAUGGGAAGUGAGCACUAUUGCCUAAGGUGGAACAAUCAUCAGAGCAACCUGCUGGGCGUAUUCAGCCAGUUGUUGCACGACGAAAGCUUGGUGGAUGUCACGCUAGCCUGCUCCGAGGGCGCCUCUAUCAGAGCACACAAGGUAGUUUUAUCAGCGUGCUCAUCCUACUUCCGCUCCCUGUUUGUGGACCACCCGUCGCGUCAUCCCAUCGUCAUCCUCAAAGACGUGGGGCUAGAGGAGUUGAGGACUCUCGUUGACUUCAUGUACAAGGGUGAGGUCAACGUUCAGUACUGCCAACUUCCUGCUCUUCUUAAAACUGCUGAAAGCCUACAGGUUAAAGGACUUGCUGAAAUGACGACGUUAAGCGCAGCUGGUAUAGACACGCGACACGUUCCAGAACCAAUGGAAGAGUGCCAAUCCCAGGACAUAAGAGAAUGUCCAGAGACACAAGAAAGAGUAGCAAUUAGGGAUAUUCGAGAAAAAGAUAAUAGAGAGGAACGGCAUGAAACACAAGAUGUACGAGAAACUCGUGAAAAAGAAACUAAGGAAAUCUCUGAAACAAGAGAAAGUCGGCCUUUAAGAGAAACCCGUGACUUGAGGGAGACACGGGAGCACAGAAAUAGGGAACAAAGAGAACCAAGAGAUCUAAGGGAAAAUCGGGAUACUCACGAUAUCAGAGAACCUCGAGACUUUAGAGAGUCUCGCGAACUAAGAGAUCAUAGAGAAUUGAGAGACACUCGGGAGCCGCGAGACUUGAGAGAGCCACGUGAGAUGAGGGAAAUGCGAGAACAUCGAGAUUUCAGAGACACGCGGGAAUACCUUGAAGCACGAGAUGCACCUGAAGCUUCUCCACCACGGAUAUCACCUUUACUAUCAGUGCGCCGAUUCAGAACUGACACUUCAGUUGAGACUCCAGCAUCGACACAUCCUCCUAUUCCAAAAGAUGAACCACCCGAUGACCCAAUGCGCCCUUCUUCCCCAGAAGACGAUGUCGUAUCAAUACGUUCUAAUGGGGCUCAAAGUGAUAACAUAGGGUUAAAUAUGACAAUAAACAGUCAUGGUGGGGCAGUGCUUGGUGCCCGGUUCUCUCCAGAACAGCGUCUGAGUGUACUCAAUGCGAUAGCCCAUCCUGGCCUCCCGCAUCCCUCACACACCACGCAACUCUCCAGCCCAAGGAAUGAACCAAUAGCGGGCCCCUCUGGCCUGCCACCUGUACAACAGGUUCCCUUGUCAUUGAAGAAAGAAGUGGAUUGGGACAAGAACAAUGAUGACAAAGGCGGCGAGAGUGCCUCAGAGUACCGGAUGCAACACGAAUCUAUGUGCCUGGAUAUGUCUCUGCGCGGGCCGGGCGCGGCGGCGGCGGCGGCGGUGGCGGCGGGGGCGGGGGGCGCGCUGUGGUCGCCGCUGCUGGCGCUGCACGCGUGCCGCCUGCGCCGCUACCUCAGCGACGACUGCGCGGCGCCGCGCCACGACGAGCGCCGGCGCUGCGCCGUGUGCCUCGCCGCCUUUCCCUCCGCCUGGCUGCUGGAGCGCCACGCCGCGCUGCAGCACGCCGCCUGCGCCCCCGGCGACGACAAGCCCUUCGUGUGCGAGCAGUGCGGCCAGAGCUACCGCUACCGCUCCGCCUACGUCAAGCACCGCGAGCAGAACCACCGCGCGCGCCUGCCCGCCGACAAGCUGUUCACGUGCGACGUCUGCGGCAUGCAGUUCCGCUACCUCAAGUCCUUCAAGAAGCACCGCCUCAACCACACGCUGGAGCGCCUGCACACCAAGACGGGCGAGGAGGAGCGCGUGACCAGCACGGACGAGCACCGCGAGCUGGACCUGUCGCUGCGCCGCGCGCGCUCGCCCGACGACCAGGACUCCACCGUGGACUCCAACGGGCCCAGCGACUCCAUCGUGACCGUGGACGACUCCACGGACUGCCGCAACUCGAGCGCGGGCGAGGGCGAGGCGGCGGACGAGCGGCGGCGCGCGCCCGUGUCCUUCGCCUCCGUGAGCUCCAUGGCCGACAGCUCGGAGGCGGAGGGCGCGGCGGGGGCAGGCACGGGGGGCGCGGGGGGCGCGGCGCUGCUGGGGCUGCUGGCCGGGGACGAGCGGCAGCGCGAGCGCGAGCGCCGGUUCGCGUGCCCGUUCUGCGGCAAGUGCGUGCGCUCCAAGGAGAACCUGAAGCUGCACGUGCGCAAGCACACGGGCGAGCGCCCCUUCGUGUGCCUGUUCUGCGGGCGCGCGUUCGGCGGCAAGUCGGACCUGACGCGCCACCUGCGCAUCCACACCGGCGAGCGCCCCUACCACUGCGAGGCGUGCGGCAAGUGCUUCGCGCGCGCCGACUACCUGUCCAAGCACCUCACCACGCACGUGCACAACGCGCGCUGAACAAGAGAAGGCGGCACCACAUAACCAGAUAUUUUUUAAAGGUUUUUAAUCUUUACACGUUUGAAUAUUAAGCAGGUUUAAUUAGAUAUCUACAGGACUGUUUUCUUUUUUGGAGUGGUUUAUAAUAGGUUGUUAAAUAAUUUUCGAUAUUUAUUAUACCAGAUAGCGAAUAAUAGACGGCGCGACGCGUCCGUACCCUAAGCAAUAUGACAGAUGAUAGACUAAUUUCAUAUACCUACUUCCCGAGUGCAUAAUGUGUACAAUAUUUUCUGAGAUUCAUACAGUGCGGUUCUGUUCAUUUGUGUCGAGUGCAAACUGCGACCGCAAUAUUGCGUUUUUAUAGUUACGUUUUUUACAUCGUCUACCUAAAACUCAAAAUUAAUUUGCAAUUUACUGACGACUGAAAUAUACGUCGCACAAACGUAUACCAUCCGAGGAAUCUGUCCGGCAUCAUUUAAUAAUGCAACCAGUCAAUUCUAUUGUAAGUUAGUAUAUAUUUGCAAAUUGAUUUUGUAUGAAAAUACAUCGGUGGUUGGAGAUCUAUUUCGGCGCAACAAUACUUAAUUUUCCCGGUGCGAUAAAAACUUUAGUGCUCAGUGGAUACUGGGGCCCAUGCGCGCCGGUUGUGUGAAAUGAGGGCGAUUACCGGAAUAGCACCAUUAUUGUUUGGCGUAGUUCUGGUGCCCUAUUACAAGAUCCCUUUCUUUCUGACCAAUCGACUAACGCAAUAUGUGACGGGUGAUAGUGUAGCGUGCUAAAUGACCGUUCGACUCAGAGUGAGCAUUACCGCGGGACGAUUUCGUUCAAGUUCAUUCGCCAUAUUUUUGUACACCCAAAUAUUUUAUAAGAAGACUCAUUCCAAUAAAAUGAACUAGGCAAUUGAUAGUCGUGAAGAUAGGUAAGUAGAUGAAUGCAAAAGCUGUGAUUCGUACGAUUUAAGACCAGUCAAGUUUUAGGACAUCGAAAAAUGUUUUAUGUAAUUUAAUAUAAAAUUUAAAAUAAAUGUUAUUAGAUAUUAAAAUAAUUUUAGUGUUAAGAAAUCUCUCUGUGCCAAAUUAUUGUACCUCAUAAACGCAUAAAGUGACGUUGUAGAUAAACUAAUUAUUUAUCAAGACUUGUUUUAUAACAUUUCUCUUGUAACACAGUAAAGCCAUCCAAAGAAUGUCUGCCAGUACCGAGGUUCAGUUAGGUUGUAGUCGGGAGACGAGCCACAUCGCUUCCAAUUUUGCUGAAAUAGAACCUAUUUAUUUAUUUCUUUACGUCAGCUGAAUGGGUUCACUCCAGAUUGUGACAAUACCUAUCUACCGCGAUAACGACUUAAACUCUUUUCAAUAGAGUCGUGAUACCAUGUUGGUCAAGAAAACAAUCACCCAAGAAAAUUGUAGAAAGAAAAAGUUGGAACACAAUCCUCCCCCCGAGCUCAAGGGGUGACAACUUUUGGUAUGUUUAUCUUCUAACUAGCCCAAAUAAAGUAACGAAGACAAAAAUUGAGUUCCAAGACUUUCCUAUUACAAUUUUUCCUAUACUGGCCUAAUGGUAUCUCAUGUAGCGAAUGUAUAAAGCUGGAGUGAGCCCCUGGUCAGUGUAUAUUUCUCUACAGUUCAUUUAAAUAAUGUUUUAUAUGCCGGAACAUUCAUUGGUCAAAGGAACUUUUCUUUGGUUAACUCCAUUUAUAAAUAGGUACCUACACGAUUGGAUAGGUAAUGUCUAUAUCCGCUGCAUAUAUAUACAUACUUAGGUACUAACAUUUACUGUGCCGUGAGUCCGUUAUAUACACAUACAACUUUUACCAUUAACAUUAAUGGCCAAUUUAUCUUCUUAGGAUGAAUCAUAACUGCCGUCAUUGUGAUAAACUAGAAGUCUAUACAACUAAUUAUAUUGAAGAAUUAUAUUAUUUUUACAGUUAUUUUAACCGCAGGAAUAUUUUACCCCAGAUAUUUGCCACAUUUUAAAAUAGCCCAAAUACUCAUAUAUUUUUGAUACAAAGUUAAAUAGUACUUAAGUGCGUAUAUUUAAGGAUCAUCUGCAAUAAAUUGAAACAACGAUAUUAUAUUCUUACUUAACAAAUUAUAUUAUUAUUAUUAUUCAUAAUAGUUACAGUCAUAUUUCAUAUUUUAAAUAUAACGUUCACAUAUUGUCAAUUAAGAUUUUAAUAUAGGAUAAGGUAAGUAACCUAUGUCUAUUACAAAAUAUAUACCUACCUAUUCCAAAUAAAAUGACUGCAGAUUUAAAAGUACUUAACAAAUUAAUCAUGAUGUUUCGUUCACGUUAUUUUCAAAGAGGAGUUUACUUUUAAAUCUGUCGUUUUGCGAACUCAUGGCACAGUAAAUUUUAGUAAACUUACGCAAUAGAAUUAUAUUGAUAUUUAUUUACAACAUUACAGACGUAAGUACACAAAUACUGGCCGCCCAAAGUAAUUAAUAAUUAUACAGAAACUAGCCGAAUACAACGAAGAAAUAUUGCAGAAGAUUAAUAACUAUUUUUAAUUAUUUGUCAUUAGAAUUGUUUACAAUAUUAUAACUGAUUUUAAAUCCAACAGUUUAUUCUUACGUGUAACGUGUUAGAUAAUAGUUAAAUAACUUUUUUAAUGUAAUAGCCAGAGGGAUAUAUUAUACUGUUUAGGUAGUCAAAAACAUUUAGUAUAAAUGGGAAGCAAUACUCUGAAUUAUAAUUUUUAUCUUACUUAAUUAAAUACUUAAGUUAAACGGUGCAGUGUAAACACGACCAACAAAAUUCAAAUUCUAGAAUUCUUAAGUUCGUAGGUCUCUGUAGGUCGGUCCUUAUUAUAUGAAGUGAUUUAAGUUUCCGCCACUAGAGGGCCAGAUCCACUUUGGGCCCACUCAUAAUUUACUAGCAGUUGACCCACUGUCUAAUAAAAGUACCGCGACAUUGAAAUUUACGAUGCAAAGCCCGGCCCAUACCCGCGCAUCAAAAAUGUAUGGCGGCGCAUCUUGACCCGGCCCUUGGCCGAGGCUCGCUCCCAUAUAUAUGAAAUUAUGAGAGCAUAAGCCGAACUUAAUGUAAAUUUUUAAUCUCGUGUGGUUUUUGGCUGAUGUUCGCGGGUCUCAGCUGGCUGGCCCAGGGACCUCCGUGUUUCCGUGUUUCCACUGUACCAUCUUACACUUGUACAACGCUACCAUCGAAAUAAACAAUGAAAUUCAUAAAAUUGUGUAUAUUGUAGAUAUUUUUCAUAAUAUUCAAAAUUGAUGUUGACUGUUUUUAUAUUUGUAGUAGUCAUUUGAUGUUGUGGUGUCAUUUAGUGUCUUAAUAGCCUGUAAGUUCUUUUACCAUCCAAAGUUACUUCAUAAUAAUAACACACAAGAAUGUUUCUCUAUUUUAUUCUCAAUAUUAUACAGUUUUAUAGGUAUUAUAAAUACUUUUUUUUAAGUAGCGUGCGAUAAUUAACUUUGGAUGGAAAAAUGAUUUGAAUUUUCUUAGUCUUAAUAUCGGUGUGGAAUUCUUUAUAUCCGUUCAUGUAACAUACUUUAUAUUCAAAUAUUUAAUUAUUAACAGAAAAAAAAACAAAUUAUAUUGAGCAUAGCAAUGGAAUGUAAAUAAGUGAGUGCUAACCAGGUCAAAUGUGAUAAAUUAGGGUCUAAGUCUAAAUUAUUUUUCAUUCAAAUUCUAUUAUUUCAGUAACUGAAUUGUGUUAACUUGUAGUAAGCAACUCUCAUUUUUCUGAUCAUACAUUAUAAACCAUUUAAAAAGAAGAAAGACUACUAGAAAAUGAAAACUAUUGAGAAUGCCAGGUUGAAUGAACACGAUACAAUAGGAAUACAAUCAAGUUAUUAAAUAAUUAUACAGCUGACAACUUUAAAUUUAUAACGCACAAUUUGAAAAGGUACUGAGUACUAAUCGGUUAAACGCAAACAUAAUAUACUUAUUAUAAUGUUUAUAUAUCUCCGUCCAUUAAAUAUAUAUUUUCUAGUACGUUGUGGCUAACUUAUACACAAACUUAAUAUUUUUACUCUACGCAAAUUGAAGUGAUUUGAACCUGGCUCUCAAAGGUUUUAAUGAAAUAAAAGGGUUUUAUUUUUAAUGAGUCUGUUGAUGUAUGUACUUUAGAUUUUUAUACGUCGGUUCCCAAUAAAUUUGUAUGUAGAAUAAUUUUAUGAUAAUUUGGUUUAUUUUAUAAUCUGGAAAAAAAAGUGCUCAAAUCGCAGUGUUAAUGAUUGUAUUAAAAAUCGUCUUUAUUCUAUGAAGUCCUUCGUUAAUCUGUUCCAUAGAUGCUUCUUUAUCAUUUCGUUUUUUAUGUCUAUAUUUUCAUAUUUAUUAGUGUGCAUCUGAAAUAUAAUGUAGAAAUCUAGAUUUCACGGUUCGAAAUGAGUGAAAAUUGUCAGGUCCGCAAAUGAUCAGAAGGCUAUUGGUAAGAUUGCGAAAUACCUAGGUAGAGAAAAUAAUUGUGAUAUUAUUUUAAGGAUGGAUCGGUGAAAGUAUAAACCGGUGGGACAUCGGGUCGGGACUGAUUUUCGGAUAGCGAGUUAUGUAGGCCGUAACCCAGUCAAUAAUAAGUAAACUAAGGGUUGAUUUUAACAUUUUAAAAAGCCAAACACAUUCAUAAUGUAGCUCUUAAAUGGUAAGAAAGUUUAUUUAAUUUUAAAUCGUACUAUCGUAAACGAAAUCUUUUAUAUACCUUGUGCAUUGUUUUUCAGAUGUUGUAAUGAUUUUUAUACAUUAUGAAUAUACAACAUUGUAUAGAGGUAAGUGUAGAUAUUGUAGAGGGGUCUUUUAACCGAGUGGUGCUAACAAUGUGUAAAAUGAUAUGUGAUAGAAAUGCUCUUCAGAGAAUUUUUUAUUUAUUGAUGCUUCCAUAGUAUAUAAUGUACACUCAGACAAGUUUUUGAAUCAGACUUCAUAAGUUACUCAACGUUUUAUGACAAUUUUAACCAAAGGGCACGUUCAAUUUAUUUUAUUUCAGCGACAACGCUGAUGUAAAAUAAAAUUUGGUGUUGCAGUAUUUACUUUUACAGUUGACGAAACAUAAAGAAUAAUCAUGAAAACUUCAGCAAUUUCAUUGUAUACCGUAAUUGGUGAAGUUUUGCUGAUUAAUGAAUGUAUGACUUGUCUAGUUUAUUGAAAUGAAGAUGUACUCAUUGUUAGUUAGAUAAUUUUUACACGGAUCAAGGAACGGAAGUUUUCGAUUACACUGAAUCUAUGAAAUUAUUUGAUUUCUUUCUGUUAUAAUUACAACACUUUAUAAAUUUAAAUAAUUGAAAGAAGGUGUAAUUCAUUAUUUGAUUUCCAACAAGGUUUUUCUGUAAGUUUAUUCAGUGUUUGAUUCAUUAGUAGGUAGGCACGUUUAUUUUUAAUUGAAUUAAUAAUUUUUGUUCCAUGUAACAAUGAUCCAUACCUUAUAAUAUAGUUUCUAAAUCGACUUAAAUCAAAAUAUGGAUAUUAUUUAUGUUAUACUUAACUCAAUCGAAUUGUUUUCUUAUUUAUAUUUAAAAUAAUAUAAUGAAUAUGAGUAUAAGUGGUGGCAAAUGUUUUUAUAAACUUUCAAACUAUUGGAAAACUAUAUUUUUCUUACCAGGUAUUUUGGUUAUGUUAGUAUGGUCUCCAAUAUCUGUUUUAUAGUAACUAAUUUAUUUUAUAUUUUAACGUUUAUUAUUUAAAAUAAAACACACACGCAUAUUCAAAUUGCAGUAUAUGGACCCGGGUUUACACGUUUAGUGUGGAUGUGAAAAUGAGUUUGGGAAUGAUAAAUUGAUUUGUAAAAAUAAUUAAAUUGAGGACAAAUUUAGGAAAAGUCCAAUUACUUUCUAAAAUUCUUGUCCAUUGUCCAGACUUAGGUAUAGUUUCAUAUUUUGGAUGUGUAUUAUACAAUCUAAAUUUAACGCUAUGGUGUAAUAUUCAUUUAAUAUUGAUGUGCAAAAUUAUAGUAAAUGACUUGGAGGUCUAAAAAUAAGAAGAAAAAAAAGACAAAAAUACUUUACGAAAUUUCUAAAUGUGCAAUAAAAUAUGUGUGUUGUAGUGUAUUCAUUAGGCGUAAAAAUUUAAUAUAACUGCAAAGCCACGGUCACUGUAGUUGCAAAAACCCGGUGUUUUUGAUAGUAAAGUGUAAUUGAAGAAGACUCGAGUGUCCUGAUCUCAGCCUACAGUGGCCGCGGCCGUGCGGACUAAUAUGGAUAUUUGGCACUUUAAAAAGGCACACUUUCCUAUUAUAAUAUAAAGUUUGAAAUCGUGUUGAAAAUGGAUUUGUUGGUAAUUAAUUUCUUAACGAAAUAUAUUUGUUUCAUUAA